CGUCGAAGAAAGCGAGGACAAGUCUCUCUCUCCUUUUCCUUCUCUCCUCCUUUGGUCUCUCUAUCCAUCUCUAAAAGCAGCCCUUCAAAACCCUAGAAAUCCUCGAAUUCCGAGCUUUGAUUUCGUCUGAAUUCAACGUUUUCCGAGUUGUCGAGAUCUGCCGAGCUCGAAUCGACCUCGGUUUGGAGCUUUAUCACGUAAUUUUACGUGUAAUCUCGUAUAUAUUCUAGAUUGAGGCCUGGAUUCGGGGUCCGAGAGGGAAGGAUGUCUUCGUUGAGCCGAGAAUUGGUGUUUCUCAUUCUGCAGUUUCUUGAGGAAGAGAAAUUCAAGGAGUCUGUUCACAGGCUUGAGAAAGAAUCAGGGUUCUUCUUCAACAUGAAGUAUUUUGAGGAGAAAGUUCUGGCCGGUGAAUGGGACGAAGUUGAGAAGUACUUGUCAGGGUUUACCAAAGCAGACGAUAACAGAUACUCGAUGAAGAUAUUCUUUGAGAUUAGGAAACAGAAGUAUCUGGAGGCUCUUGAUCGGCAAGACAAGGCAAAGGCAGUUGAGAUAUUGGUGCAGGACUUGAAAGUCUUCUCAACUUUCAAUGAGGAACUUUACAAAGAAAUCACUCAGCUUCUAACUUUGAACAACUUCAGGGAAAAUGAGCAGCUUUCCAAGUAUGGAGACACUAAAACAGCUCGGGGUAUAAUGUUGAUAGAACUAAAAAAACUUAUUGAGGCAAAUCCUCUUUUUCGUGAUAAACUGGUUUUUCCUACUUUGAGAUCUUCAAGACUGCGGACUCUGAUCAACCAAAGUCUGAACUGGCAGCACCAAUUGUGCAAGAACCCAAGGCCAAAUCCAGACAUUAAGACUUUGUUCACAGACCACACAUGCUCGCCUCCAAACGGUCCUCUUCCACCGUCACCUGUUAAUCUUGCUGUUGCUGCUGUAGCAAAGCCAACUGCUUAUCCACCGCUUGGAGCUCAUGGUCCCUUUCCCCCUGGUACUGCGGCCGCUAAUGCCGGUGCCCUAGCUGGUUGGAUGGCUAAUGCCUCUGGUUCUUCUGCUGUUCAAGCUGCUGUUGUCACCCCUUCAUCAAUGCCCAUUCCUCAGAAUCAAAUUUCAGUCUUGAAGCGACCUAGAACACCCCCAACCACUCCAGGUAUAGUAGAUUAUCAGAGUCCUGAUCACGAACUAAUGAAACGGCUCCGACCUGCUCCAUCUAUCGAGGAGGUGACCUAUCCUGCACCUAGACAGCAAGCUCCAUGGUCAUUGGAAGACUUGCCGACAAAGGUGGCUUUGUCAUUGCACCUAGGAUCAGCUGCCACUAGCAUGGAUUUCCACCCCACACAGCAAACAAUACUUCUUGUCGGUUCUGCUUCGGGUGAAAUCACGCUAUGGGAACUCACUGUCCGAGAGAGGCUGUUGUCGAAGCCGUUCAAGGUCUGGGAUAUGGCUAAUUGUUCAUUACCUUUUCAGGCUUCUAUGGCUAAAGAAACACCAAUUUCUGUCACACGUGUUGCGUGGAGUCCAGAUGGCAGUUUUAUCGGGGUUGCAUUUACAAAACAUCUAAUUCACCUGUAUGCUUACACCGGACCUAAUGAUCUUCGCCAGCACAUUGAGAUUGAUGCCCAUGGGGGUUCUGUGAAUGACUUGGCUUUUGCUCAUCCAAACAAACAGCUAUGCCUAGUUACUUGUGGAGAUGAUAAGCUAAUCAAGGUAUGGGAUCUCUCGGGCCGGAAGCAUUUUACAUUUGAAGGUCAUGAGGCUCCUGUUUAUUCCAUUUGUCCUCAUCACAAAGAGAACAUUCAGUUCAUAUUUUCAACGGCUGUAGAUGGAAAAAUAAAAGCCUGGCUUUAUGAUAAUAUGGGUUCCAGAGUUGACUAUGAUGCUCCAGGUCGCUGGUGUACUACAAUGCUUUACAGUGCCGACGGAAGUAGAUUGUUCUCCUGCGGGACGAGUAAAGAUGGAGAUUCCUUCUUAGUUGAGUGGAAUGAAAGUGAAGGAGCAAUUAAGAGGACCUAUCUUGGGUUUAGGAAAAAGACUGUGGGUAUGGUUCAGUUCGACACCACUAAGAACCACUUUCUGGCGGUUGGGGAAGACGGGCAAAUUAAGUUCUGGGAUAUGGACAAUACCAAUCCUCUAACUAGCACUGAUGCUGAGGGUGGACUUCCGGCUCUUCCCCGUUUGAGGUUCAACAAGGAAGGAAAUCUUCUUGCUGUUACUACAGCGGAUAAUGGAUUUAAGAUACUAGCAAAUGCAGCUGGGUUCAGAUCUCUGAGGGCCGUGGAAGGUCCAACAUUUGAAGCAUUAAGAACUCCGGUUUCUGGUGCUCCUGUUGUGUCUGCUACUGCUGUCAGUUGUAAAGUUGAACAGGGCUCACCCGCCAGACCUCCUCCUAUGCUUAAUGGAGUUGAUCCUUCAAAGUCGAGAAUCGAUGAUGCAACGGACAAGACCAAACCUUGGCAAUUGGCUGAAAUCCUUGACCCUGUUCAGUGUCGUCAGAUUACUUUGCCUGAGAGCUCAGAUUCGUCCACAAAGGUUAUUCGGCUUCUUUACACGAAUUCUGGAGUUGGAAUCUUAGCGCUUGGUUCAAAUGGUAUUCAGAGGCUCUGGAGAUGGCCUCGCAAUGAACAGAACCCUAGUGGCAAGGCAACUGCCAAUGUGGUUCCUCAACAUUGGCAACCAAGCAGUGGUCUUCUCAUGGCAAAUGACAUUUCGGGUGUGAACCUUGAAGAGAUGGUUCCCUGCAUAGCUCUCUCAAAAAAUGACUCAUAUGUCAUGUCGGCUGCAGGAGGGAAGGUUUCAUUGUUCAACAUGAUGACAUUCAAGGUGAUGACAACUUUCAUGGCACCUCCACCAGCAUCAACAUACUUGGCUUUCCAUCCUCAGGAUAACAACAUCAUAGCUAUCGGUAUGGAGGAUUCCACCAUUCACAUCUACAACGUCCGAGUAGAUGAGGUCAAAUCUAAACUGAAGGGUCACCAGAAACGUAUUUCGGGUUUAGCCUUUUCUACAACCCUGAACAUCUUGGUUUCAUCUGGUGCAGAUGCUCAGAUAUGCUUUUGGAGUAUUGACACAUGGGAGAAGAAGAAAUCCGUUGCGAUCCAAAUGCCAGCGGGAAAACCACCCACUGGAGAUACAAGAGUUCAAUUCCAUGUCGAUCAGAUUCGUAUCCUUGUGGUCCAUGAGACACAACUGGCUAUAUAUGACGCUUCCAAAAUGGAACUCAUUCGACAGUGGAUUCCGCAAGAGGGGUUGUCUGCUCCGAUAUCUUCAGCAGUGUACGCAUGCAACAGCCAGUUGAUAUAUGCCGCCUUCCGUGACGGCAACAUCGGAGUGUUUGACGCCGACAGUCUCCGUUUAAGAUGCCGGAUCGCUCCCUCUGCAUACUUGUCUCAAGGGAGCCAAGGCCUGCCUCCUCUGGUAGUGGCAGCUCACCCGCAUGAACCGAACCAGUUAGCAGUGGGUUUAACCGAUGGGUCGGUAAAGGUGAUAGAACCGACAGAACCAGAGGGCAAAUGGGGAAUGGUUCCGCCGUCGGAGGCGAUGAACAGCAGGACUACGUCAUCGUCCACCACCAGCAACCACGCUUCCGAACAGUUACAAAGAUAAAGUUAUUAACUUUCAAUGAAAAUCUCACUUUUUUUUUAUAUAUUUGUUUUUUUUUUCAAUCUUUUUUCUUCAUAUGGGUAGUAGUGUUUGGUUGUUGAUUGAAUAAUAAUUACUACAUCAAGGGUUUAGGCAGCGGUAGUGUUGUAGUCAGCAAAUGAAUGUCUUUGUACUUUUGUUUGGUUUCAGAAUUUAGUGUAUUGCCUUUGGAUACAGUGACAGAUUUUCGUCAUGAAUUUUAUUUAUUUUCCAUUUUCCUA